GGGAGUGAGAAUGCUGCCAGUCUCUGAUACUGAUACCUCGCACUUGGGAUAGAAUCUUUAGCGGUACACGGACCGGGCCGCCAUUCUGCCUCUUCCAGAGGGAGUAUGCAAACGAUGGAGUUGUGGUGAAUACGAUAAGAAACAAUGCAGAAACAAGCAUCCACAACUCACACCAAAAAUGCAUUGUUUUUAAUGUGUUUAGUGAGACAGAUAAAAAUAAAUGUUAAUAGGCCCAUGUUUAAAUCUGGAGCCAGUUUCAAAUACGUUUUUGAUUAGAAUACCCGAGCUCCCACUUCUAUUUGAAACAAUUUUAGAACAAUUGUUAUAAUAAUGGUCUGAUCUAAACUUGUGCAGUAUUUUUAACAUGUUUUAACAAUAGUGGUUCUUAGUAUUUAGUUUUAUAUUGCACCAAUUGAAAUUUUGCUGAUGAUAAGCUUUAAAAUGCAGAAGUCAUUGCCCAGUAAUCAAAUACCAGUGACUUGUUGCUGGAAGACUGAUGAAAGAUGCAACCUUCUCAGUGGCCACAUCCUUGAUAAUCAUUUAAUUCUGUCCUUCAGCCUGUCUAUGGUGGUGGGCCUGAUGAUCGGUGCUCUCAUUUGGAUCCUCUUGACAUGGCUGUCUCGGCGCAGAGCCUCGGCCCGUAUCUCCAGGCGAAACCCCAGGCAGUCGCGGACCUCCCCUCACAGCCUCCUGCACAGCCGUUCUGGGUUCUAUCGCAACAGCAGCUAUGACCGGAGAAGCAACAACAGCCUGGCUAGCGCAGCUCUCACUUUCCAGCGCCAGGCCUCUCUGGAGCAGGCUGAUCCAUUUGCCCGGAAACCCAGCUUCAGGGCCUCGACAUUUCACCCGCUACUUCAGUGCAGCCAGAUCGCCCGUGAGGCCGAGGAAGGCAGCCAAACAACACUCCCGAGAAGCAACGCUGGCUCUAUGGUCAAUGUGGGUGGUCUGGCCCGGCCUGACUCCUUCUGGUCUAAUAGCAGCCUGCGUGGCUUUCACGCCACACAGACCCCACCGCCUGCCUAUGAGACUGUUAUCCGAGCUUACCAAGAGACUUGCACUUGAGUUCCUGUAAUAACUGAGAGAGAAAGAGAGACCAAGAGUGAGAAAGAAAGCAUCACUAAAUGUAUUUAGUCCAGUGACUUGUAUGUUAUGGUAUCAUGGAAAGUUGAAACUUGACUUAAAUUACAUCAACCACUUAUUAAAGCUUAGAAGAUUAUACAAUAAAAAAAAAUACUUUGUAGAAUGGGAUAUGGUAUGUUUGUUAUUUUGGUUGUAUGUGUUCUUGUAUUAUAAUAUGUUUUUUAUAAUAAAAUUGUAAUGUCUUGUUUUUGAGAAAUAUCAGUGAUAUGUAAUGACAACACUAGAUGCAACUGUUUUAGUAAGUUGAUAGCCCAGGUGGAUGUUUUUCAGGCACCUCCCUGUCCUAGUGUGCCUUAUCCUUGUGCUGCUCUGAAUGAGACAGUUGUUCAGUCUUAUGCAUAAUCAUAACACUGCCAGCUAAAAUGACAGUCGGUGCAAAUGUUUUUGUUUUGAGUCAAAAACACCAGAACUCAGUUUACAAAAGAACUCCAAAACUAAAAAUGACUUUUAUUCUAUACAUUUCUGUAAUCAUUUCUGCUUACUGUGUAAAAAAUGACAAUCUUUGAUUUUUUACUUCUUUUUGUACAGAUAAGGUAAACUACCAAAGUAAUUCCCUCUAAUAAAGGGGUUGUAUUGUGAAAAAGGUAAACAACGUCUUUAUUACUGUUUUAAACAUUUAAUCGUUUUAAUUAGGAACGCUUUGAUUAUUCUGAACAAAAAUGGACAUUCUGUCUGAAUAUUUAGCAGUCAUUAACUGUGUGGUGGUGCCCUCUAAUGGAGCUUCCAGGUUGGUGAAGUUAUGUGGUUUCUAACUUAAAAGUAUUUGGAAAAUCUACUAUCUUCUGUGUAUACUAUUGCUUUUGACAACCAAUUGAUUUAAUGUGUCUGUUUCAGUAAUAGUAUAUCUUGGUUUCUCUAAUCAGGGUGCAAAACUUGUUCUCAGCUCACUGGCAUUGUGUUGCUGUAGUACAGGAUGUGCAGCCAUUGGUAAAUGACGCCUUUGUGUAAUACUGUAAUACAGGUUGCUUGACAUUAAAACACUGGUAAGGG